UAAUAAAAGAAUUACUUCCUGUUUCAUCAUCUCGCAAUCGUAAACAGCUAAAAGUGGUUAAGGCUAGGUUGGAGCAUAUUUUGUUUGUUUUUUUGAGUAAGUUAUGUUUACCAAAAGACAAUUAAGUGAUAAAUUGUGCUAUUUUGACAUUCAUAUUUGCCAUGACUGGGACUAAUAUUUUCUGUAAAAGUAUUAUCGUUAAGUGCCAAGUAGUGUUAACAAUUCAAAAAAUUGAAAUACAACGUCAAUUAAUGAAAUCAUAAUAAACUCAGAGGCAGAACUUCUGUCAGAAGCGCGAUGUAACAAGAAGGACUGCGUUCAGGUUGAAGUUGGUUAGAACAUUAAAAAAUAAGAAGAAAUAUAGGCUGUUUCAGAUUUAGCGGCCCACAUCGACUUUGUUAGGGUUAGGCAUAGGGAUCGAUUUAGGGUUGGGGUUAAGCAUAGGCCAUAGGGAUAGAUUUAGGGUUCGGGUUAGGCAUAGGCAUAGGGAUCAAUUUAGGAUUCGGGUUAGGCAUAGGGAUCGAUUUAAGACAUAAAAGUGCGUGUGUCGAGAUGGCGGCCAUGGAAAUAGACGCAGGCCGCUCUCUCUGAAUUUACUGAAAUAUACAUAUACACAGUUUACACAGUGUAGAAAAAAAACUUUAAGAAGGGCAAUACUAUAUAAUUGGACGUUUUUGGCCCUUGGUCUAGGCCUAGACUCUAGAAGUAGAAGCCUUCCACAACAACGAAAAUACAGAGACAGACAAACGUAGACUCAUUAAAUGAAUUAUGAGAUGAAAUGUCAUACAAAAUCAAAGAAUUUGUUAUGGUGAAAUAAAAAAUAAAAAAUAAAAGAUUAGAAUUAAAGAUAAGAAUAAAUAAGAUAAAAGGGAAAUCAAAGAAUAGCCUACUAUAAAUUUAAAACAGUGAGGACUGCUUAAUUUAAUUAGGCACCUUAUACUAACUUAUAGUAGGAAACAAAUGGUGGAUAUUUGGCUAAUAUCAUGGAAGUUACACAGAAGGCCAAAGGGCUCUUGCUUUACCUACAGAUAUUUGGAACUCUAACCAAACACCAAGUAUGAUAGAAUAAUCAGAAUUUUAAUUUUUUUUAAGUGUGGUUCAGAAAGAUGUCGGACAGUGAAGGAAGAUUGGAAAAAGACUUAAAAUCCUUCAUGAAUAGUUAACUGCAUUGAAACCUUAGCAUCAGGUGGUUCCACAAAUACAGUGUAUAUUUGGUCAUAAGGGAGAAGGGAAGGGAACUUCACUGUAAUGAUUCAUAUAAUGUAAGAGAGCGGAGAGAGAGAGAGAGAGAGAGAGUUUGCAAGUAAAAGAGAACAUUACAUUAUACUAUACAAUGUUGUGUUAGGAUCCCAUGGUUGUGUCUCAAUUUGUUUUCUAACCCACCCUUGCUUGCUUGUUGGUAGAAAAAACUAGCUGUAAUGGACACAUCUGCCAUUGUGGUCACUUCUGUUGACUUGAGAAGAAAUGGGACAUUGCUUAAAAAAUUAGCAAAAAAUACCUACACUAGGCCUUUAGGAUUGUAAUUUAGUUAAUAAAUUUAAUUUUAUUGAAAAAUGAAAAUGAUUAAAUUAUAGUUUUCAAAAUGCUGGCGUGUCUGAACUGGCAUUAACACAGAGAUGUGACCUGCGAGCUUAAUGAAAAUAACAGGCCUACUCAAAACCAUUGUUUCUUUCAGACAUUUUGUUGCGGGUGGCAUUUCAGAUAUUUGAGCGGACAGGUCCAGUGGCAUAGGAAAAGAGGGCAGAGGAGGCAGUCCGCCCCCCGGGGGGGGCAUAUUUUUAAUUUCAUGAAGGGGGCAACUUUUUUGACCGACUGCAGAGUUUAUAUCAUUGAAUGGGGUGGCAAUAAUUUAAGCAUACCUAGGUUGGCACUUACCACCCUAGCUACAUCACUGGGUGACCAGAAUCACUUAUAACUCCACCCCCCAACAUAAAAUAAAUCAAUUUUAUUUGAGCAUAUGCUUUAGGUCUCUAGUAAGUUUUACCGCUUGAAUCUAAAAGCUCAACUUUAUAUAAAAAUUUAAAUGAAAAUUGAUAUAUUUUUUUAGUCAAGAAAAUCAUUUUAAUAUCUAACAUCUAGUAUUUUUUCCCCCCAUAAGGUGCCAACACUGUCAUUCUGAGUAGUAGGAGAGGUUCAACCCAUCUCCAAAUUUUUUUUUGGAUUAAUUCAAAAUCAAGGGGUGCAAUUUGGCUGACAAUCAGUGUUUCUUUUAGAAAAUUCUAUCCAGGGAGGAGACAUUUCAGGGGGGGGGGGGGGGGGGGGGGCAUCUAUCAGCGUGCAAAUUAGGCAUUUUGGCACCUGAAUUCAAAGUGUUUGUGGAGCAACUCAGGGUAUGCUUAGUUUCAACCCGUACAGUCUUAUUAAUGGUCGUGGGGGAGGGGGUAAAUCAGCAGUCAUGGUUUUGAGUCAUUCCCCUGAGAAUUUUUUAUAAAUUUAAAAUGUAGUGAUGCAUUUUGGUGCAUACCUAAAUUUAGUUUUGCAUCAUUCUACACUUAAUCUGAGAGAAACAGAAUUUUGGUGUCUCAUGACUUUGUGUUUAUACAGAUAUUAUGUGUUAAGUUGUUACUGAAUAGUAUUUUUUAUUGAUAUAUAUUUUUAAAAACGCAACUAUUUCAAUAAACACCUUCAUUAAUAAAUGAAUUUCAAAAAAAUCAAAUAUAUAAAAGCAAAAUACCUUUUUAAAUAUUUCCAAGUUAUAACCAGAUAAAAAUGAGAAAAAAUACUUUUUCGUAGAAAAUGCCUGAAUGACAACUUUAUACAUUUUUUAUAUAUGGCAAAAAUUAUAAUAAUAACUAUAUUUUUAAAGCAUGAUUACAUUAUGCAAUUAUGCAACCUUCUUUUAAAGCUGAUCUACAUAAAUUAUAUUCUAAAAAAAUAGAAAUUCAAAAUAUAGGCCUUUAUAGCAAUGGAAAUUAGUUUAAUGUGGUAUUUUUCAGGUUAUUGGCCACAUUUUUCCCCAUAAAGUAAGUUUUUAACUAAGUAUUUAGCAAAGAAAUGAAAAUAAUAAUGAUUAUAAAAUUAAUGGUAUAAAAAAUAUGUUGACAUCAUAUGUAGUGAGCAAAGAAAUUUUUCAUUGAUUCCACCAUUUCAAUCAUUUUGUUGAUAGGUUAAAGGUAUGUUUACAAGUCUUUUUAACAACCUGGUAUAAAAAUUACAGUUUCAUUGUUUUUUUUAAAUGUAAGCUUUAAUUUUUUAACACAUUUCUUCGGAGGUAGUAGCUGGUAGAUGAACACUGGUAGUAAACAAUAAUAAAUAAGAAAAUGCAGGUAUCAGUAAACAAUGAGAAGUAAAAUAGGGAGUUGCCUAAUUUGGAAAAUAAUACAGUAUUUAGAAUCAAAUACUGUACAGGUAUCUAAAUUUGCCCAAAAUAUGUUGGAUCAACAAAUAUAUUGAGCAUAGAGAUAUUUAAUUGGUUCCACUAAAUUUACGAAAAAAGUUAUAAAAAUGACAAUUAAGAAGUUUUUUUUAAAAUACAUUAUAUAUUCAUUUCAUUGUUUUACACAUUUUUCCUCUAGGGUAUGCUCAAAACAUUGAAAUAUUGACACUAUUGUUCAAAUUUCUUACACUCUGAUUAAUAAAAAAAGUAUGUAUUAAUUUGAAUUCUGAGCCACAGAUCCACUUUACUUUGAGCUUUACAACCUUGGAUGCACUUGCAUCAAACACACACUCAUAAAAUGUGAGGAAUAUUUAUAUGCGGGAUCAUGUGGGGACUUUUCCAUGUUGAAUUUAUUCUGUAUGCAUAGCAUUUCAUGGGGAGAUUUUACUUUUGGAAAAAAUCAUAUAAGGGCUUGGACUUUGUUCAUGUUGCGAUAAUUACAAUAUGACUUCCGGCUACAACAAGAUGGCGGUAUAAUAAUACACAAAAGGAAGGAAUCUCAGAGAUAGGCGCUUCAGUAAAGCAAGGGAGAUAGUUAAAAAUUAUUAGUGGAAAUUGGCUUCGGCGCAAGAAAAUUCGAACUUUUAAUUAACUUUUAUUUAUUUGCGGUUUCAUUCAGGAUCAGAAUUUUCGCUGUUAUCAACGUAUUUCUACUUCUAAAUACAAUUACAAUAUAGAUGUGUAAUCCAAUAUGAAUGUUCAUAUGAAUACUAACACUUGGCUGCAUGCCCCAACACAUACAGCUGCUGAUGAAUUUUGGAAUUCCAAUUUCGAUUUAAACAAUUAAUUAGGUUUGGUUAAAAUGGGAACACAUUUAAAUUUUUAGAACGCUGGAGAUAGUUUUUGUGUCACCCACAUGGCCGCCAUCUUGCUAAGCUGUCAGCAUGCAACAGCUGCCAUAUCCUGGACAAUGGCUUACAUUAGCUGGGUAAACCAGGUGUGGGUAGAUGAUGGGCCUCAAGCCCUCGGUGAUUUAGGUCUGCCUACCUAAUGCAUGCAAAGACUGGACGUCGGCAGAUCCUGCGGAAGAAACCAUUUAGGUUCAACGGAGGUGAAGGCGAUUACAGCAGCGCACCGUGGAGUGCGUAGAGCAAGAUGAGGCACGUAGAACAUCUUGAUCAUCCACUGCAUCCGUACCCAUUUCUGGUCGUCUUGACAUAGUCUUGCCACUGGACACGGUGGGUCCGGACGAGAGAGUGAGGUUGACGCUGCGCAACUCUUCCUCACUUUAAAAAAAGUCACCCGCGCAAGUCAUCAGUCAUCCAACUAUCAGCACCCUCUCUAUAUCUGUCGUCAUGGAUGAUGAAAUGAUUGGCAGACUCGCAAAAGCUAGUGCCCUAUUUGGCAGGCUCCGCAGCACUGUUUGGGACAGGAGAGGUAUCAGUCGAGAAACAAAGCUCAUGGUCUAUAGCGCAGCAGUCCUCCCGACACUGCUUUAUGGAUGUGAAACGUGGACUGUCUACCAGCAUCACGCCAAGAAACUGAAUCAUUUUCACACUACCUGCCUCAGGAAACUCCUCGACAUCAGGUGGCAAGACAAAGUCCCUGACACCUAGGUCCUCGCUAGAGCGAACCUACCUAGUAUCUUCACCACUCUGAUGCAGUCUCAGCUCCGUUGGAUGGGACACGUAGCCCGUAUGGCAGACCACUUGCUCCCGAAACAAAUAUUCUUUGGAGAACUCACGAUAGGCAAGCGCUCCCAAGGAGGCCAAAGAAAGCGUUACAAAGACUCACUGAAAGUGGCACUAAAGGCCUUCAGCAUAAACACUACUCAAUGGGUGCAGACAGCCCAGGACAGAGCCAGAUGGAGAGCUGCUGUCAAGAAGGGGGCUAAAUCCCAUGAAGCUAAGAGAAUAACCACAGCUGAGACACGCAGGCUUGUCCGAAAGAGCAACAUAAGGUCAUCGUCUGAAGCAACUAUUCCAUGCCCACGGUGUCAUAGAUUAUUCCGAGCAAGGAUCGGUCUAACAAGCCACCUCAGAGCUCACCGUAAUCCUAACCCCCCGCCCGCCCCUAACCGGAUGAUUCGAUGGUCCUUGUCGACUUCGACGGACGAACAACUAAAUUACAAUAUGUAUUAUAAGAGUCCCUGGAAAUGGAAAUAACACAAGUUAAUAUAUAAAAUGCUAACACUGUUUAAUGACCUUUUUUUUCUUACAAUGCUAAAAUACAAGAUUAACCCCAAACCACUUCUUCAGAAUUGGUGUUUACUUUAAAAUUUGGGGUGGGGAUGUUUGCAAUCACCUCAUAAGGGAAUCAAUUUCCUAUCUCAUAACUUGUUAUAAGUUAUAAGUUAUAGAGUCAACACUAAGUAAUCUCAUAUUUUAUUUUUAGCUUCAUAAAAACAUAAAAACUCAUCAAAUACAUAGACAGUAACCCUAAGCCUUAACAAGUGAAACAGGACUUAAGAGCAGCACAAUGUACACAUUUAUAUUGGUGCACAAAAGUUUAUGUCACACUUUGUGAGACUGCUUGAUAAUGUGUGUAUUCUAAUUCAUUUAAUUUAUUGUUAAACAAAUUUUUUUUUUUGAUUUUAGAUCAAAAUACAUCUUUAAAAAUGAAACGAGUACAACCUAAAUGGGAUCCGCCUUCUGGAGAAGGCAAGCCAAAAUUAAGUCUUUACAAUAGUUUGACUAGACAUAAGGUAAGAGGCAAGACAUUUCAUCCAUUUGUCAGCAUUAUAUAAAAAAGUGUGUAAAUUAUGAUCAGUAAAAUAAUUAUAUAUAUUAUGCUAACAAAAUAACCAUUGCAUAGUUUAAUUGAUUUACUACUCAAAUCUAUUUUUCUUUUGAUGCAGUGUUGGAAGUGCUCAUGUGCUAUUUAUAUUAUGACAACACCUCUACUUAGAUUUGUCUAAUAUUUGUUUGCAUAAAUAAAUAUUUUUUCCCCCCAUUUUCUCUUUAAAAAUUCCACAUAAAUCAAUGCUCUAUAGAAUCUUAAAAAUUGAAUUUUUCUGGAAAUCAUGAUGAACUUUCUUUUUUCAAAGGAAGUAUUUGUACCACAGUCUGGAAAUACAGUGACAUGGUAUAACUGUGGUCCCACCGUGUAUGAUGCCUCACACAUGGGCCAUGCCAGGUUUACCUUAACUUAUUUAUUUAUAAAUAUUAGAUGAGUGUUUCUCAAAAAGUAGAACAUUAAAAAAAAAAUUAAAGUAAUUAUAUUCAAACUUUGAAAACUAUUUUGAAGUUGAAGCGAAGUUAAUUUAGUAUCAGUAUUAUCAAAGAUUGAAUAUAAUUUAAAAAAUUACAAAAAAAUGGAAGACAAACAUUUGAGAAAUGUCAUCAAAUUCAUUUGACUGAAUAGCUAAAAAGAAACAUGAAAAAUAUUUUAUAUCUUUCUAUAAUGGAACGGUUAUACUUUUCAUUUUACUUAGACUGACUAAAAAAAUUCUUAUUCUGAAUUUUUCAUUGAAAUAUUUUAAUAGGACAUAAACAUUUACAUGUAGAUUUUAAAUGAAGCUUGUAGAUUUUAAAAGUCUUAUCUUAUCAGAUUAUUUUUCUUUUUUAAAAACUGUCAGCCAACCUCAGUUUAAAAUAAAUUUAACUGCCCUGCAAUCUUAACAUGAAAAUGCAGCAUGUUAUGACUUUCAAUUAGUAUCGUAUAAAUUCAGUUUGUUGUUAUAAAGGUAUCCUUAUCUUCAGGUCAUACAUCUCAUUUGACAUACUGAGACGAGUUCUCAAGGACUACUUCAAGUAUGACAUCUUCUAUUGCAUGAACAUAACAGAUGUUGAUGAUAAGGUUGGUGAGCUGAGGGGUAGCAUUGUCUCUAUUUUGAGGCACAGUAUUAAUGUGCUUAAACUAAUAGUGAUAUAUAUAAAAAAAAAAAAGUGCCUUUUUUCUAAUUUUAAAAAAAUUGUUUGGUGUUUGAUAUUGCUUUCAUUCUUUAGGUCUGCCACAGUGUUUUUGUAGCUUCUUUUAGAAAGUCCUAUUUUAGAAACAACACCAGACAAAACUAUUAGUGAAAAACCAUUUCAUGCUAUCAUUUUUAUAAAAAUUCAAUAGAUUAUUGUAAGUCAAUGCCAAACAGGCUUAUCCGCUAGUUCGUUAGAUAAUCAAUUAUCCGAAGACAGACAGAUUUCAUUUUUAGUUGAAAUAGAGACAGAUUCUUUUUAAAGACUUCAAUCUACUCACAUUUUCAUCUUGUAAGUUUGUUCAUCAUAAUUUUUUGUUUACACCCGGGAUACUCUCUUUCUUUUGGUUCAUCGUCUGUCUUGUGCUGACCUGAGUUACCGCUUCAGUGUGCUGGGUCUAGCAGACCUGUUUACCCUCAAACUCUUAAAAGCGUAUAAUAUCAUCACAAAAGCGUUCAAUACGUUAUAGUUAUAGUAAAAAAAUAAACAGUAUAUACAACCUAUACACCUAAAAAUCGUACAUUGUACGCCAAAAUCGUAAGAGUAAACAGGUCUGGUCUAGGAAAAAGAGGGGGGGGGGGGGGGGGGGAAUAGAGUGUUAAGUGAUAGGGAAAUUAGAAAAGGUGUUAGAAAACAAUAACCCCACCCCUUGGCGUGCAAUAACCAUGGGUCCUUAUUGUAGGAUUUUGGGAUGGGACAGGGUAAGGUGUUGGGGCAAGAUAUUUUGGCAAUUAGACUCUGAUCAACGGACAGCAAGCAGACAUUAAAUUCUACUUUUUAGUUUUAUGCCAGAGUAAAAGCUGUCACAAUACUCUGGAUUUUGUAAGCAUUUUUCAUUUUUUUUAAAAAGCUGCUUUUGUUGAUAAUUCACAGAUUAACGUUUUCAAAAUAAGAAAUAGAAAAUAAAAAAUAUUUGAAAAAAUUGUUAAAAAUGACUUUUUUUUUUUAAAGGACAAUUUUAAACACACAAAAAAGGUAGAAAAUAAUUUACUUAAAAUUUCUUAAAAAUUCAUUACGUUAAGAAAGUCUGUGGAGAAAAUAUUUUCAAAAGUUAGAGAAAAAAAACUAUUUAAAUCUCCUCUUCAUUUAAUUGGAAUCCUUUGGCUUUAUAGAGUGUCUUACUACUUUUCUGCACAUAAUUUAUGUGUGUAAUGAAUUUUAAGAAAACUAUUUUCUAAUUUUUAGUGCUUUCAAAAUAAUUUUUAAAAGAAAUACUUUUUUUUUUUUAAAUGUUAAAAUAUUUUUUUAUUGCUAUAUGUACCCAGACUUUCAGGCUAUAUUUUAUACUUUAAACUAGAGGCUCUCAAGCUGUUUGAAAAGGUCACAAGCAACCCUCAAAAGGCUCAGAGUCAUUUAUAGUCUUAUAGAAAAUGCAAUUUAUAUUAUUUGUAAUUUCUUUAUGGAAUCAUUUUGUACCUUUUAUUCAAAGUGGUUGGAGUCUCGAUUAAAGUUUUUGGUGCACACAUUUUUACUUAUUCUUAAUUAAAAAUCUAUAAAAAAAGCUUAAUAAUAUGUCUUAAGAUACUCAGGAACAGUAUAAUUCUUGUAACAUUUCAGAUCAUCGUUAGAGCUCGUCAGAACUACUUGAUGCAGCAGUACAUAGACAGUAACCCUAGGCCAGAACAAGUGAAACAGGAUGUCAGAGCAGCUUUAGAGGUAAUAAAUUGAGAAUACAGAAAUGUGUAUGUAAAAAAAAUCAAUACAAAUUAUUUGUAUUUCAGGUAAAAAUAUUUUAAAGCUAAUGUAAAUUAUAAUAAUAAUUCCAACUUCCUCCGCCGCAGAUGCGCCUAUUCUUUCUGUCCCCAAGACUCGCACAAAAACAUAUGGUGAAUGAUCAUUCUCUUUCUUGCCCCCAAACAAUGGAAUUCUCUUCCACUACACAUUCGCAAUAUACCGACCAUCACAUCUCAGCCUUCAAAACUGCACUCUAAACACAUCUCUUUAACCUUAACUAUCCUGACUGAUUUCCCCUCCCCCCCCCGAUCGAUAAAACGAUGCUGCUGGGUCGCCGUCUAUGGCUUGACAUGUAAAUAGUUCUUGAAUGUGUGGAGUGAAUAUACAUUUUUUUUGUUUUAUUUAAUUAAUGUAUGUUAAUUUUUAAGUUCUUGAUUAUGUUUUGUUAAAUUGUAUGUACAGCACGAUGAGCCCAGCCCUAGGCUGGGGUACCGCCCUGUAUAAAACCACCAAUAAUAAUAAAUACACAGCACACUGAUAAGUCGAGUUAAAUAAUACCAAAAGACAAAAUCAAAUCUGGUUUCUCCAUAUAUUAACCAUUGUGAUCCCCAUGUGAUGUUUGUACAACAAAGAAAGGACAAAGUUUACAUUUUGUCAUACCAUGUACUUCAAACCUUAAGUAAGAAGUUGCAUGUGCAUUAUAAUUUGCCAGGCUCAAAUCUCAUCGAUGCAUAUAAUUCUUUAGGGAUGACAGAAAGUAUGGUGGAAUGGUGAGUUCAGUAGCAUGCAAACUAAAAUUCCCAUAUAUCUGAGCUAAAUGAGGUUCUAAAAAAUACAGCAAGUGCACUUGGUGCGUAAUAUUUUUUUGUUUCACAUAAAGUCUCAAUUUAAAUAUGAAGUAAUAAAUCUACGAUGUAAAAGGGUGUGGGGCAUUAGAGUAUUAGUUAAGGGAAGUAAAAAAAAGUAUGCGGUUGUAAACCUGGAGGGGUGGGGUCACCACUAAUAAGGAUUCUUAUGAAGUGCAUUACUAGAAGGUAUGUUUUUUCAAGUAACUUUAGCAGAUGAGAAGUUCAUCCAUUGCUGCUGCCUUUGACAUUGGCAGGCUACAACUAGUAUAUUAGUAAUUUCAUUGAAAGUUUCACAGGUUAAUGAAAUGCAAUGAGCGAAACAAAGUAUGAGAACACCUGAAAAAAGGAAACAACAAACAUGUCGACAAGAAACCUUCUUCAGCGAACAAACAGCAGUUAAAGCAAUAUAAAUACAAAUAAACUCUUAGCUGCAAUCUAGCCGCAGUCUACUAUCCUAGAGGACGGCAAGAGGAAUCUGACAGAACAUGAGUAAAUGAGAGAGCUAAUACAGCCAGUUGGGGACUGACCAGAGUAAGAUAAGUCCACUGCAAUUUUGGUCGUAACAAGGAGGGUGAACUUGGAAAAAAACCAGAUUCAGACUUUUGGGACCUUUGACACAACAUGGCAUGAAUGUCAUGUUCUCAUUCACUUGCUAAACCUUUUUAAUUUGAAUUUAAUUUGCUUACCCUUGAAAAUAUAAUUUUUCGGUGGGUCCGCCUGCGGAUAUGUAUUAAAAUUAAUUUUAUUUGUACGUUCAUAUCCCCAGAGUCUGAAGGCUAAGAUUGCCAAAGAGAUUGACCCAGACAAGCACAAUAUGUUGACAAAAAUGCAGCAGAAAGUGGAGGCGCUUGUGGACAGUGGAGAUGCUGGACAAAAUGUGAAUACUGUAAUAUAUAAAUUUUUUUAGAAGUGCCCUGUAUAUACUACUAACAACUAACAAGGCAUGGAGCUUGGUGCUUCUGCAUGUAUUGAUUUACCUAAAACUCCCUGAAGGUUUGUUAACCAUUGUUUCGGCUAGUCUUCAAGGCAUGGCAUACUUUAUAAUGAAGAGCAUUUUUACUAAUGCCUUAUAUAUUUUGAAUACUAGAUAGACAAGAUAUUGAGAUGUGUGCUUUCAAACUGUUGUAUAAAACUUAGCCAAAACACAUCCAUUUUUAUUUUUAAAAAUAUGAACAAUAAUGAGAUUUCGAAUGAAGGGUAAAGAAACCAAUAGGUUAGUGAUUUGUGCAAAACGAUAAAUUAUUUUGUAUCAGUCUUUAUAGAAAAAGUAGAUUAAAUCUCAGAAUGAUGUUUACUUUUAAAUAAAGGAUUUUAUACAGUAAACGAGUAUGAAUUAUGUACUCUAAUAUCUGCAUGGCAUGUCUAAGCAAGUCAUGGUCUGGUUUGAAAGUCAGCUGAUAUGUGUGAAAAAUCAUAAGGGACUAAAAUAACUUGUCUCAUAACAAAGAGGUUAUUUCUCUCCUCUCCCCCAAAAAUUACAUAAAAAUGAUUGCUGCUUGGAAUGAAACAAGUUUGUUUGUUUGAAUUUUUUAGAGGCUGAUAUAUAUUCUAUUGAUAAAUACUGUGGUACAAGCAAGAAUGUAAAUUCCGCUACUUAAUGAUAUAGGUACUCCAUCGAGUAUCUACUGCAAAGGGGUCAAGUGCAGAUACAAAACUGGUGAUAUAUUAAAAUGAAUCAGGGAAGAAUAGCUACAUUGUCAUUUCUAAAAAACAAAUUAAUUUUCAACUGGCACUCAUGACCUAAUAAAUAUCAUGUUAUUCUCAGCUGCUGUGAGGAACAGCUGGAUAAUGGGAGUCGCUUAGUCAAUUAUUUUGUCACGUGAUGUGAGUAAAAACGAGUAAGAUUUCCGGUAGGCUGUAUACAACACACUAGUGCUUGACAACAGUAGCCCGUUACACACUACAACUACACUACAUUUCGUCCAAUGAAAAUUAACAAUAAAAUAAACAAAGGGGAAUGACUCCUGCAUCAAUAUUGAAUAAAAACGCAAAUGACGUCAUGAGCACGCACGGAGCUCAACAACAUCCUGCCGAUAAUGGUAUUGAUAGUUCCCAUCGAAUAUCGCUCACAAAUUUUUCUUGAAAUAACUUUCUUCCUUUAAUCAUAACUGACGUAUAUUUAUUGUCACAUCUAUGGAUUUCAUUUAAAAAACGCAUGUAUUCCAGAAUAUUUCGAAAGGUAAAAUUUUUAAGUAACAUGACAUUGGGGAAGCACUGAUGAAGUAUCUUUUGUUGUGUGUAGCAGCCUAGUGAUGGCUUACGCAUGUAUUCCAGAAUAUUUCGAAAGGUAAAAUUUUUAAGUAACAUGACAUUGGGGAAGCACUGAUGAAGUAUCUUUUGUUGUGUGUAGCAGCCUAGUGAUGGCUUACUCACAUCACGUGACCAAAAAAGGAAGUGACUAAGCGACUCCCAUUAGUUUAAAAAAUCCUUAAAUUUAAGUGAUGUUUUUUUUCUCCAAAUUUUUUUAAUACAACAUUAAAAAAUUGGGUAAAAAAUGUAUAUGCCUUUUCUCUGUUACUCUUUAAAAAAAUUCCUUUAUACUUUAGUAGUUACAUUGCUAGUUAGUAUAACAAUUGGUUUUGUUAUAUUGCUGGUACAGAUUUCUCUUACCCGAAUCUGUCACAAGUCCUUUUUAUUUUGUUGUUAAGAAGUAUAUUUAUUUCUUUAACUUGUUUCAACAUUUUUUUUUACUUCUAGAUUUUAACAUAAUCAAAGCUUAUCUUUCUUAAUUUGCCAUACAAAUUUGCUUGAACAGGUCAGACUAGUAGAAAUUAGAGAUGUGUUGGCACCAUGGCUUGACAAGGAGAAGGGCUCCAAGGUAACAGAUAACAAAAUCUUUGCUGAUCUUCCAAGGCAUUGGGAAGAAGAAUUUCACAAAGACAUGGAAGCCUUAAAUGUAAGUGGCGAAGUAAAAUUUUUUUACCCCACAAAGUUAAAGCCUAAAAGCAUGCCGGAAUGUGUAUCUCUAUCAACUCUAUUAACAAAUCGCUUUAGUGUAAAAAGAUUUUUACAAAUUUCUUUUUUAUUAUAAUUUAACUGAUUUUGUUGGUCUGUUCACUCAGGUGCUGCCAGCUGAUGUUUUGACCCGUGUCAGCGAAUACAUCCCGGAAGUUGUAGAAUAUAUUAAAAAAAUUAUUGAAAAUGGUUAUGCGUAGGUGUCUUUUUUUACAGAAUUUUUCAUUAAGCUAGUUCACAAGUGGCUUAUGCAAAACACUACUCUGUGUCUUUUAACUACUCCUACAUCAUUAAGCAUUAAGUUAGAAUAGCCUAUUGACCUAAACAUAUUUCCUUUUUGUUCCUAUUAUUUUUAUUGUUAUCACUAAUAGCCUCAUUUAAUUAUAUAUGAUUUUCCUUAUUAAUGUGGUUUUUUAAAAUGUCCUCUUGUAAGUGUUUAAAACUGAACUUGUCAAAGUACAUUUUUAAAAAAAAUAAGGUAGUGGUAUUUUUAAAAAUCUUAGUUUAAAUUCUGUUUAUGCCAUUCUACAGCUAUCCCUCAAAUGGCUCCGUAUACUUUGACACAAAAGCUUUUGAUGCUGCUCCCAACCACUUUUAUGCUAAAAUGUUGCCUGAAGCUUUUGGCGACAAACGAGCACUUGCUGAGGGAGAGGGUAUUUACUUCUUAUGCUUUUUUUUUUUUUAAAUUUUUUUUAAAGUUAAUGUAAAAUAAUUAUUAUUCGGCAUAAUGUUUAAAUUAAACUUGAAAUUAAAUUUCUUUAAAGUUAAUUAUUAUUAGUUUUUGGAUCUUCAUAAAUAAAUUUUGUUAUAUUUUUAUUUUUAUAUUUUAUAAAUAUUUUUUUUCUUCAAUUUUCUCUGAAAUUUUCAAAAGGAAUUCUAACAAUCUGACAAGUUUUUAAUCCUGGUUUUCAUUCUCUUACUUUAUUUAUUGUUAAUUUAAGGUGAGCUGAGUUUGACUGAAGAGCAGCAAAGUGAAAAACAUAAUGUUACAGACUUUGCCUUGUGGAAAGCUUCCAAACUUGGAGAACCUUCUUGGGACUCCCCAUGGGGAAAGGUGAGGAUACAAACAUUUCUUUAACUUAAUGAAAUAGCUAAUAAUAGCUUUGAAAAUUCCUGAGAUAUCUUUGAUGCGGUAAUUUUUAAUAGUUCCUGCAAAUAUUUUAAUAAAAUUAAGAAAAUUUUAGAAGGUUGCACUACUGUAAAAUAAAGAAAAGUCAAAUUGGAACUUGAUUCCUGAACAGGUACCUAAUCAACCCAUCUUGCCUGAGAGUUUAAUUGAUUUCUGUUUUUGUUAACAGGGCCGCCCAGGAUGGCAUAUAGAAUGCUCUGUAAUGGCCAGUGAUAUAUUUGGAGAGUCCAUGGACAUCCACUCUGGUGGAUUUGAUCUAAAGUUUCCUCAUCAUGACAAUGAACUUGCUCAAGCUGAAGUAAGUAUGUUAUACCAUUUAAAAAUGUGUUUCCUUGUAUUUGUAUUGUACUUUGGUUCAUUCAUCUGAUUUUAAUCUUUUAAAGAACUUUAAAUAUUCACAUUUUAAAAAAUCUUCAAAGUCAACUCUAGCUAGUUAGCAUUUAAAACGUAUCCUUCUUAUUUUUUGUUUGAAAAAAUGUUUUUCAUGGGAUAUUUAUUUCUCAAGGCUUAUUAUGAAAACGACCAUUGGGUCCGAUACUUUGUCCACUCUGGCCACUUAACCAUUGACGGUUGCAAAAUGUCAAAGUCACUGAAAAACUUCAUUACCAUCAAGGAUGUCUUAAAAAAGUACACAUCCAGACAAUUGAGACUCAUGUACCUACUGCAUGCAUGGAAGGAUACAUUAGAUUACAGUGAGAAAACAAUGGAUGUUGCACUUGAGUAUGAGAGGACACUCAAUGUAAGUUAAAAACAAUCAAUAGCUCUGAAAAUUGUAAGAUUCUGAAUUUUCAAUGGGCUUUAUUUCCUGAAUUUGGAAUAGAUAAGGCAGCCUUCAUUUUCCAAAUUUUAUCAAUCCCCUCAUUUUUUAAAAUAAUAAAUUGAAUUGCAUACUCCCCUCAUAUGAUACAUGAAAUAACUUUAGGCUGAGUUAUUACAAUGGCCAUUGAUAACUUUCAAGUAUCGUCAUAAAAAUAAAGAAAGUUCAAAUAAUAGAAUGUGUUAAAGGUGUUAUAAGGUUAAGUUUGGGUAACUGAUGUGUGAUAACUUGCUUCCCUUCUUUUGAAGUCUAAAUCUAGUAAAAGAAUGAAAAGAUGAAAAGUUUAUUAUUUGUCUAAAUUUAAUUCUGUUGUGGACAGGAGUUUUUCCUAAAUGUUAAAGACAGUGUGAGAUCCAUUCCAUCCUUUGGAGUUGCUGCUUUUGCUAAAUGGACAGAAGAGGAGGUCAAACUCAAUGAAAAAUUUCAGAACAAAUGCAAGGGUGUUCACAUAUCUCUUUGUGGUAAAUAAUCUUCCUUUAGUCCAUAACGUUGACACAUUACACCACUUAGAGUUCACACUGAGGAUUUGUUUCAGGCAUAUCUCAGACAUUUAUCAAACUUAAAAAAGAACAGGUCAAUGACACAUAUUCCAUGUAGGUUUUCACACUGCCAAAUAAGUUAGGCUUCAGAUAUAAAUAAGACAAAAAAACAAAUUUGUAAUCCAUAUAUCUUUCCCAGACAAUGUUGAUACCAGGAGUGCCCUUGAACACAUUCGUGAACUUGUAUCUGCUGGAAAUUCUUAUAUGUCAGCAGCACGCACCAGCCACAGACAAGUCAACAGAAAGUUAUUGAUGAACAUUGGAGCUUACAUUACAGAUCUGCUUGAGGUACAUUCAGCAUUUCAUUUUUAAUAAAUACUUACGGCUAUGAAAUAAAAAUUGGUUGUUGAAGAUUUUUCAACUAAAAAAAAUACAAUUUAAGAUUAUUAUAGGGCUGAAAUGAAUUCUUUUAAAAUAAAAUGUGUAAUUGUAAUUUAAUGUUUUUUUAUUGUAGGUUUUUGGUGCUGUUCCUAAGGAGCAAAUUAUUGGCUUCCCUCAGGGUGGUUCACAGAAUGCAAAUGUGGGUAUUUUCUUUUAGGAGUAAUUCAAAUAUAAAUAUAAAUCAUAUUUUAUAUAAAACAAAAUUUUAAAGAAAUCUUUUUUUUAUUUUUAUUGAUUACAAGUGUUUCAUUGUAUAUAAACAGAUUACAUUUUAUUAAAAUUAUAUAAUUUUCAAAGAUGUUUAUCACAAAAUAUUUUUAAAAUCUACUAUAAAUCCAGGUUGAGGAAACAGUGAUGCCCUAUCUCUCAGCAUUUGCAGACUUCAGGGACAGUAUUAGGACACUUGCAAAGGAAACAAAGCGUAAGGCUCCCCUCACAUAAUAAUGGUUACAUAUGUUAAGCAAAGUCUAUUUUUAUUGAAACCAACAAUGAUCUUUGCUAGCACUAGAGCUUCAAAAAAAAUGAUUGUUGAUGCAAAUCUUUUAUCUUAAAAAUAAGAACAAAUAAAUACAAAAUCUAAAUAUUAAAAAAAAUUCAAGAUCAAAAGGUUUAGUAAUUGUAUUAUAGGAAUAAGGGGGAGAGACUGCAAUCAGGUUAGAAAAAAGGCAAUGAGGGAAACAAAGCAUUGGAAACCUGAAACAGAGGGACGCAACAAAACAACAAACGUGUCAGCGAACAAACAGCAGUAUGGAACCUUAUGGAACUUUGACACCACAUGACAUGAAUUUCAUGUUUUCAUCAACCUGUUAAACCUUUUCUCCUCCUCGUUACGACCAUUCGCAGUGGAAUUAGUUUUCCUCUCUUCUGUCCCUUUUUGCCUGUAUUUAAUCUCUCACCUUCUUAUGUUCUGUCACGUUCCUCUAGCUGUCCUCUCACCUACUUCUGUUCUGUCACAUUCCUCUUUCUGUGGUCUCACCUACUUAUGUUCUGUCUCAUGCCUCUUGCUAUUCUCUCAGAUACUGCAUUACAGCUAGGUGUUAUUUUUAUUUUAUUCUGAUUUUACUGUUGUUUCUUGUUCAUGUUCAUUGUUUUGUUGGGUCUUUUUGUUUCAGGGUUUUCCAUACUUUGUUUCGCUCAUUGCCUUUUUGAUUGUAUUUAUAUAUUCCUUGUAUUUUGUUCAAAUACAUUCAACAACAAAAGAUGAAAAGGUUAGUUGUAUUGUAUUAUCUUGUUUCCUGUUUCAAGAGAAAGACAUCUUGUUGGUAUGUGACAAAGUCCGAGAUGAUGUGUUACCAGACCUUGGUGUCAGGUUAGAAGAUCAUGAAGGGACACCAACUGUUAUUAAACUUGUUGACAAAGAACAGCUGUUGAAAGAGAAGGAAGAGAAAAAGAGGGUAGGUCAAAAACCUGUUUAAAGAUUAUAACACAGUCAUUUAUCUAUUAGGUACUGAUUUGAAAACAAGACCUGAAAUCAUUUUCAUUGCUAAACUUAUCUUUAUGUUGUUUAACAUAUUUACCUCUUGAGAGAAAUAAAAAAGAAAAAGGAUAAUAUAAAUCUUUUAAGUUUCAAUCACUUUAAAGUUUAUAGAAACAAAUUCAUUAUGUGUAAUACACAAAAAAAAUCACUUUUAAAAUGCCUGUUUUUAUUAAACAACAAUGUUGUAAAUUUAAACUUUACUUGAUCUAAUCAUUAAAAUCUUUUCUUUUUAAUGAAGCAAGAGGAAAAGAAAUUGCUAGAGAAGGAAAAGAAAAGGGCUGAAAUGGUAAUUAAAUUUAUUAUGUAAUUAAACUUUUCCAUGUUAUUUGAGAUAAAAUCAUAUAUAUUGGAUCACAGAUAAUGUGUUAAGCAUUAGAAACUGAAAAUAUGAUCCCAUUUAUAAUACAGGAAGCUAAAGAGGCCCAGAAAAGAAUUCCACCAUCAGAACUUUUUAAAGGUGAUACGGAUAAAUAUUCAAGAUUUGAUGACAAA